AUGUCUCGCUACGAUCACUAUCCCGAGAAUGUCGGCAUCCUUGCCCUCGAAAUGUACUUCCCAUCAAGAUGUGUCGAACAGACUGCUAUGGAAGUAUAUGAUGGUGUCAGCACUGGAAAGUACACCAUCGGUCUUGGACAGGACAAGAUGGCCUUUAUCGCGACAGAGAAGAUAUUCA